AUGGGCUUCAUGACACGCUUCGGCGUCUACGAAGCCCUCAAAGACCGCUUCACGACCGCCGAGACCAAGCCCUCCUUCCUCACCCUCGUAGCUAUGGCGUCCGUCUCCGGCUUCCUAGGCGGCAUCGCCGGAAACCCAGGCGACAUCCUCAACGUCCGUAUGCAGCACGACGCCGCGCUGCCUCCCGAGCAGCGUCGUAAAUACAAGCACGUUUUCGACGGACUCAUACGCACCGCGCGGGAAGAAGGCGUAGGCAGGCUCUGGCGCGGCGUGUGGCCCAACUCUUCGCGCGCUGUGCUGAUGACGGUCGGACAGCUGGCCUCUUACGAUGUGUUCAAGCGCAUGCUACUAGAGAAGACGCCGUUACAGGACAAUCUCACGACGCACUUUAGCGCGAGUUUCCUUGCGGGUUUCGUCGCGACGACGAUAUGUUCGCCUGUCGACGUUAUCAAGACCAAAGUCAUGGGGUCAACGGAGCACAAAAGCAUCAUGAAGAUCGUAACAGAUACUACGCGUACCGAGGGUUUGCGCUGGAUGUUCAAGGGCUGGGUGCCUAGCUUCAUCCGCAUGGGCCCGCAUACCAUUCUCACCUUUGUGUUUUUAGAGCAGCACAAGAAGGUUUAUCGGCAGCUUAAGGGAUUAGAUUGA